AAUAGGAUCAGGUUCUCAAAGCCAAAAGGAGUCCCCUCUCUCUCUCUCUCUCUCUCUCUCUCUCUUUCUCAACCAUGCCUGCACUAGCAGUAGUAGGAGCAGCAGCAGCGGCCAAUUGUUCAUUGUGCUUCUCUUCUCAGCACCCAUCAGCCCAACCACCACCCUCAAAUUCCCAACCAACAAACACAGUAGACUUAUUAGCAGCAAAACCCACCAAAAGCAUUCUUGAGAAACACCCACUCUAUCUACAAACUCAUUCAAACCUCUCCCUCCAAUUCAAAGAGAAGAUCCUAUUCCUAGAGAUCAUGGGUGUUGAUUCAGGUAAAGCACUCUCCCUUAACCCUUCUCUCCACACUACCUCCUUGCAUUCCAUUCACUCAAUCAUUUUCUUCCUCCAAACCAAAGGCAUCCACCAAAAGGACUUGCCUAGGAUUUUUGGCAUGUGCCCUCAAAUCCUCACCUCCAACAUUAAAACCCAACUCAACCCAGUUUUCAAUUUCCUCUCUCAUGACCUUAGAGUCCCAGACCACAAUUUUAGAAGGGUCAUCAACAAGUGCCCAAGAUUGCUGGCUUGUAGUGUGAGGAACCAGCUCAAACCAGCUUUGUUUUAUCUACAGAGACUUGGGUUCAAGGACUUGGAGGCUUUGGCACAUCAAGACUCUGUGUUGUUGGUGUCUAGUGUGGAGAAGACAUUGAUUCCAAAGCUGGAAUACUUGGUGAGCUUGGGGCUGUCAAGGGAUGAAGCAGUGGGGAUGGUUUUGAGGUGCCCAGGGUUGUUUACUUUCAGUGUGGAGAACAAUUUCAAGCCAAAGUAUGAGUAUUAUGAGAAUGAGAUGGAGGGUAGGUUAGAGGAGUUGAAGGAAUUUCCACAGUACUUUGCUUUUAGUUUGGAGAAGAGAAUAAAGCCUAGGCACAUGGAGCUUGUGCAGAGUGGGGUGAAAGUUCCUUUGCCACAAAUGCUUAAGACUACUGAUGAUGAGUUCAGGGAAUUGAUCACAACAAGGCAUGCUACUGGUUGACUAUUAAUGUUGGAUCUUGUCCUCUUUCUCUCUCAUUUUUUUUUUUUUUGAUUAUUUGCUUCUAUUCCAGGGUGUAAUUGUAAAUUUAAACAAUCCAUAUUAUGCUGUAAGGAUGCAUUACUCUAGUUUAAACUAUUGUUUUUAUUUUUUGUUAA